GGUGCAGCUGCUUCCAGGUUCCGCGAGGCUGCGGCCCCGACGCUGGGCCUGGAGCGGCCCCCGUGUGCCGCGCUCCGAUGCCCGGCUCCCCAGGCAGGCCCACGCCCCGGGAGCCUAGGACCUCCGAGGACAUCGUGGUCCUGACCUUGCCGAGGCCUGGGAUCCGCUGCGCCCGCGGGGACCGGGCCACUCCGUAGGACUCGCUGCCUUCCAAGUCCAGGGAGCGACGCGGCUGGCUGGAGUUGGCCGGACACCCCCAUCCCACCUCCCAGCGGGGACUUCCUACUGCGUGAACUCUCCCGGGGCAGCAGUGAAGACUUCUCAGAAGACCAGAGGACCGAAGGACUCCUGGCCACCUUCCUUCUCUCCUUUUCUGAUGGAGAAUCGCCUUCCCUGUUUCUGGGGCACCUUGGGGUGUGGUCUUGGUUCUGGCUUCUAAGAAGACCCUCAAGAGUCUAAGCAGUGCCCGGAAGCACUCCCAGAUUUGGAAAGGCUCAUUAUACACCACAGCCAUGUUCCUCCAACGACUUGGUGGCUGGCUACCUCAUCCUUGGGGCCGGCGGAAACCAAGGAAGCCAGACCCGCCUGCCCCAGAACCCAGAUGGGUGGACAGCUCCCCAGAGAAUUCAGGGAGUGAUUGGGACAGUGCCCCAGAAACUAUGGGAGACAUGGGGCCUCCCAAGACCAAGAACUUGGAGCCACUAAGGAGCUCCAGGGCUGCUCGAGAACCAAGCACUGAGCCACAACUUGUGCAACUGGGAAGCAAAAGAAUGGAGUCCCUCAAGUCGGACAAGACUGUCUUUAGCAAUCAAGAGUCUGGGAGACUAGAGACUGGAGGAGCCAUUCCAAAACUGGGAUGGGAUGCUGUGGAUUCAGGGGGCACCAGGAGACCUGAGGGGUCCCCUGAAGGGGGAUCAGGUUCCCCUGAGCAAGGAGUGCCAGUGGAGAAACCUAGCCGGCGUCAGAAACUGAUGGGCUGGCUGCGAGGGGAGCCAGGGGCUUCCCCGCGGUACCUGGGGGACCUGGAGGAAUGUCUGCAGAUCUCCACCAAUCUGACCCUCCACCUGCUGGAGCUGCUGGCCUCAGCCCUGCUGGCCUUGUGUUCGCGGCCACUGCGGGUAGCCUUGGAUGCAGUGGGCCUUCGAGGACCACUAGGCCUUUGGUUACAUGGGCUGCUAACCUUCCUGGCUGCCCUGCAUGGGCUCCAUGCUGUGUUGAGCCUACUGACCGCCCACCCCCUGCACUUUGCCUGCCUCUUUGGCCUCCUGCAGGCUCUGGUGCUGGCUGUCAGCCUCCGGGAGCCCAAUGGGGAUGAGGAGGCCACUGAUUGGGAGGGCAAGGAGUUAGGAAGGGAAACAGAGGAGCAGAGAGGAGGCUCAGGAAAUGGGCUGUAAGUGUGGGGUGAGGUGGGGGCAAAGGGCAAAGAUGGUAUGGCCUCUGGAAGAGUAGAGAGACUCGAUUGUAAGCACAGGGACCUCAGGGAUAGGGCAGAAGCCCUAGAAUAUGAGGGCACAGGGCCCCCCUCCAUACAGUGAGUCAUAGCUGUUUAGGGUAUCUUUUUAUGGGCAUUGGGGUAUUGCCCUCAGAUUCACCAGCUGUUGUUACGUUUUGCUUUUACAUAUGCACCUAUGGUUUUUAUUUCCACCUCCAGAUUUCUUUUUUUCCACAUCCACUUUCUAACAGUCAAAAAUAAAUAAAUAAAUA